CUCCUAUAAAUCUCGGCUCGCCCGACGCCUUCGCCAUCGUCUCGGUGCAGUGCAGGGAACGAGCGAGCUCGAGCUAGACGACGGCAAUGGCGGCUUCGACGACGACGGUGAGGAGGAUCAAGCUGGGGUCGCAGGGCCUCGAGGUGUCGGUGCAGGGGCUGGGCUGCAUGGGCAUGUCCGCCUUCUACGGCCCUCCCAAGUCCGACACCGACAUGAUCGCCCUGAUCCACCACGCCGUUGGCUCCGGCGUCACCUUCCUCGACACCUCCGACAUCUACGGCCCCCACACCAACGAAACCCUCCUCGGAAAGGCACUGAAGGGAGUGAGGCAGAAGGUGGAAUUGGCGACCAAGUUCGGAAUCAGCUUCGCGGACGGGAAGAGGGAGGUCCGGGGCGAUCCGGCGUACGUGAGGGCGGCUUGCGAGGCCAGCUUGAAGCGGCUUGACAUCGAUUGCAUCGACCUCUACUACCAACAUCGCAUCGACACUCGCGUCCCCAUCGAAGUCACUAUCGGAGAGCUAAAGAAGCUCGUUGAAGAAGGUAAGAUGAAGUACAUUGGUUUAUCCGAGGCCUCUGCAUCAAUCAGAAGAGCACAUGCUGUUCAUCCCAUCACAGCAGUGCAAUUGGAGUGGUCGCUUUGGUCAAGAGAUGUGGAGGCAGAGAUCGUUCCAACGUGCAGGUAGGAUAUCACUCUGUUAAUUGUUUAUGCAGCA